UUAAUAAACCUGCUGCACGUGGAACCAGCUGUCUGCCUGUCUGUGACAGAAAGCUUCGCCAUACAUGGAUCCAGCAGCAGGAGUUUCCACCCCGACAGACCCGGCGGGGUAUGCUGUGUUACUGCUCGAACACAGAAGCCAGCUUCAACGUCUGAGCGCUGCAACUGAAGCCAUCAGGACACGCCUGCAGCUCAACCCACCUGUCAGCAGCGUCUCCACUGCGGCCUCUUCAGCCUCCCAGCCGUCACCCGCAGCUGCCGCCGCUGACUGCGCAUCGGAUCCGACACCUGCUCACACGCCGGGUCCACUGAUGGCGCUUCCGGACGAGUUCAGCGGGGAUCCGGAGCAAUGUGUGGGGUUUCUCAUGCAAUGUGAACUGUUUCUGCGGCAACAAUCCAGCCUCUACCCGACGGAGGAAACCAUGGACGCCCCGGGGGAAGAGCUUCUCUUCUGGGAUCCGGUGGAGCGGGACAUGGCCCGCCUGGAACGCUAUUGCCAGGAGGCAGAGCGUUCCAGGGCUGCAGCAGAGGCGCACGCGUCCCCUCCUCCGGUCCCGAAGAGAAGAAGCCGUCGCCGCCAUUUGCCCAAGAACCGCGCCCCGCAGGUGGUCCUGGACGCAUCACGCCCUGCUCCGCUGGUGGUCCCGGAGGCAUCACGCCCUGCUCCGCUGGUGGUCCCGGACGCAUCACGCCCUGCUCCGCUGGUGGUCCCCGAUCCGCCGCCGCCUGAGGCCUGCGGGCCGCACCCGCCCUGCCUCCGUCCCGUCGGCUUCCUGGCCGCCCUUCGGUUCGGCCGCCUCCGCCCCGUCGGCUCCCUGGCCGUUCUCCGGAUCGGCUGCUCCUGCCCCGUCGGCCUCCUGGCCGUUCUCCGGAUCGGCUGCUCCUGCCUCGUCGGCCUCCUGGCCGUUCUCCGGAUCGGCUGCUCCUGCCUCGUCGGCCUCCUGGCCGUUCUCCGGAUCGGCUGCUCCUGCCCCGUCGGCCUCCUGGCCGUCCUCCGGCCCGGCUGCGCCUGCCUCGCCUGGUCCCUCGGCGGCGCCUGCCUCGCUUGGCCCCUCGACCCUCCGCCGCACCUGCCUCACCGGCCACCCGGCCUUCCACCGAAUCAACCAUCUCUGCUUCAUCUGGGUCCCCCCCUCGCUUCCGGAGCCGCUCGAAACACAAACAUCCUGCAGCUCCUGAGAAUCAUUCCACCUCCAACAAGAAGCCCCACCCCCUUUUUCCUGUCCGCCGUGUCAAUGAGCAUCAGAGAAAAACCAGAUCAGAUCCUGAUCCUCUGA